AUGCCCAUCUACGAGUUUCACCAUGUGCUGCCCUUGACGGCAGCCCACAAGUCGAAGUUGGCCCGCGCGGUGACGGACUGGCAUAGUUUCACCUUUCGGGCGCCUCGAUUCAUUGUCAACUGCCGCUUUGUGGAUAUACAGAAGUUGCCGAGCGAGGACAACUAUAUCGGAGGCAAACCAUUCAAGAGCAACAAACUGUUCGUCUCGCUCAGAAGUGGCUCCGGGAGAACUGAGGAGCAGUACAUAACCAUGACACAAAAGCUUCAAGCCAUGUGGAAUGGGGCGGUCCAAGACCUCGAGGCUGAAGUCGAAAAAGAUCUGAAAGACAUUUUCAUCCUGGGCACGCUGGACUCGGCUAUGGAAAGAGGUUGGUUCCUGCCUAUGCCUGGAAAGUUUGAGAGCUGGGUCAAAGACAACCGUCCGGGCUUUCAGAAAUUGGCGGACGCAGGUGAUUUGAUUUUCAAGGAUUUGAUGGAGGAGAUCGAGGCGAGACCUGAGUUUCAUUAA